UUUGUUGUGCUGUUUUCAUGCAUGCAGCUACAGAGCACAACGGUCCUUUUCCCAACUCCUGUUACAUUGGGUGGACUUUCUGCCUCACUAUUUUUGGCCUUGCCAUGCUUUACAAGGGCUUCUGUGUUUACUUGCUUGCCCUGACCUUAUUUUUUUAAUUAUGGUUUUUGUUUUGCAGUAAUUGUAGCUCCACACAUGGUUAUGAGAAUUAAUGAGAAACAGGCAGUAUCCUUUCUCGAGUGUUUCCCAUUGGGAACAUCAUCCUAUAAAACUGUUGUACCGUGUUACAGCCAGGACAUGGACACCCAUACAAUCCAGACAUAGAACAGUUGCUCGGAUACCUUGAUGAUGGAACCUAUGCCCUUCUCAUUAUUCUUUUCUUACUUACCUCUUAAACUCUUCUGUCCUUGUUCUUCUCACUUUUCUAUUCCUUGGUGCAGGGAUUUAGCUGAGUCAAGGGUCCUGCAGGGCUUACCUCCUGUUUGGUAGGUGGCUAAAUUCUCAUGUUGUCAGAAUUUCUAGGGAUGACAAUUUCUGUUCUUAUUUAAAUGAUUUGCCUGGAAUAAGUAUCAUUUGUAUGGUUCAUGGACUAUUGUGAGCUCUGCUUGUCUUGAUUUCAGGCAAGUCACAUGAAGUUUAAGGGGAUACAGGGGCUAGCAUGUUACCAAUGUUUUACAGCCUACCAGCCCUAACCAAAGGUUCUUUUCCCCCAAAAGGGCAGUUCUGCACAGAGGAUGUGGAUGAAUGCCUGCUGCAACCCAACGCCUGUCAGAAUGGAGGCACCUGUACCAACAGCAAUGGGGGUUAUGGCUGUGUAUGUGUGAAUGGGUGGAGUGGAGAUGACUGCAGUGAGAACAUCGAUGACUGUGCCUUUGCCUCCUGCACUCCAGGCUCCACCUGCAUUGACCGUGUGGCCUCCUUCUCUUGCUUGUGUCCAGAGGGAAAGGCAGGUCUCUUGUGUCAUCUGGAUGAUGCCUGCAUCAGCAAUCCUUGCCACAAGGGGGCGCUGUGUGACACCAAUCCCUUGAAUGGGCAGUACAUCUGUACCUGCCCACAGGGCUACAAGGGUGCUGACUGCACAGAAGAUGUGGACGAGUGUGCCAUGGCCAACAGUAACCCUUGUGAGCAUGCGGGAAAAUGUGUGAAUACAGACGGUGCCUUCCACUGCGAGUGCCUGAAGGGCUACUCAGGGCCUCGCUGCGAGAUGGACAUCAACGAGUGCCACUCAGACCCCUGCCAGAAUGAUGCCACCUGCCUGGAUAAGAUUGGGGGCUUCACGUGUCUGUGCAUGCCAGGUUUCAAAGGUGUGCAUUGUGAACUGGAGAUAAAUGAGUGUCAGAGCAACCCUUGUGUGAACAAUGGGCAGUGUGUGGACAAAGUCAACCGCUUCCAGUGUCUGUGUCCCCCUGGUUUCACGGGGCCAGUGUGCCAGAUUGACAUCGACGACUGUUCCAGUACUCCAUGUCUGAACGGGGCGAAGUGUAUCGAUCACCCGAACGGCUAUGAAUGUCAGUGUGCUACGGGAUUCACUGGUGUGCUGUGUGAGGAAAAUGUGGACAACUGUGACCCUGAUCCUUGCCACCACGGCCAGUGCCAGGACGGCAUUGAUUCCUACACCUGCCUGUGCAACCCCGGCUACAUGGGAGCCAUCUGUAGUGACCAGAUCGACGAGUGUUACAGCAGCCCCUGCCUGAAUGAAGGGCGCUGCAUCGACCUGGUGAAUGGCUACCAGUGCAACUGCCAGCCAGGCACGUCAGGGGUUAAUUGUGAAAUUAAUUUUGAUGACUGUGCUAGCAACCCUUGUGUCCAUGGAGCCUGUGUGGAUGGCAUCAAUCGUUACAGUUGUGUCUGCUCUCCAGGAUUCACAGGGCAGAGAUGUAACAUUGACAUCGAUGAGUGCGCCUCCAAUCCCUGUCGCAAGGGUGCCACCUGCAUCAAUGAUGUGAAUGGUUUCCGCUGUAUGUGCCCUGAGGGACCCCAUCACCCCAGCUGCUACUCCCAGGUGAACGAGUGCUUGAGCAGCCCCUGCAUCCAUGGAAACUGUACUGGGGGUCUCAGUGGAUAUAAGUGCCUCUGUGAUGCAGGCUGGGUUGGCACCAACUGUGAAGUGGACAAAAAUGAAUGUCUUUCUAACCCAUGCCAGAAUGGAGGAACUUGCGACAAUCUGGUGAAUGGAUACAGGUGUACUUGCAAGAAGGGCUUUAAAGGCUACAACUGCCAGGUGAAUAUUGACGAGUGUGCUUCAAAUCCAUGUCUGAACCAAGGUACCUGCUUUGAUGACAUCAGUGGCUACACUUGCCACUGUGUGCUGCCCUACACAGGCAAGAAUUGUCAAACCGUGUUGGCUCCCUGUUCCCCAAACCCUUGUGAGAAUGCUGCUGUUUGUAAAGAGGCACCAAAUUUUGAGAGUUACACCUGCUUGUGCGCUCCUGGCUGGCAAGGUCAGCGCUGCACUGUUGACAUUGAUGAGUGUGUGUCCAAGCCCUGCACGAACCAUGGCCUGUGCCACAACACCCAGGGCAGCUACAUGUGUGAGUGUCUGCCGGGCUUCAGUGGUAUGGACUGUGAGGAGGACAUCGAUGACUGCCUUGCCAACCCUUGCCAGAAUGGAGGCUCCUGUAUAGAUGGAGUGAAUACUUUCUCCUGCCUGUGCCUUCCUGGCUUCAUUGGAGAAAAGUGCCAGACAGACAUGAAUGAGUGUCUGAGUGAACCCUGUAAGAAUGGAGGGACCUGCUCUGACUAUGUGAACAGUUACACCUGCAAGUGCCAGGCAGGAUUCGACGGAGUCCAUUGUGAGCACAACAUUGAUGAGUGCACCGAGAGCUCGUGUUUCAAUGGUGGCACGUGUGUUGAUGGGAUCAACUCCUUCUCUUGCCUGUGCCCUGUGGGUUUCACUGGUCCCUUCUGCCUCCACGAGAUCAAUGAGUGUAACUCUCAUCCGUGCCUGAAUGAGGGAACAUGUGUUGAUGGUCUGGGUACCUACCGCUGUACCUGCCCCUUGGGCUACACUGGGAAAAACUGUCAGACCCUGGUGAACCUCUGCAAUCGGUCUCCAUGUAAAAACAACGGUACUUGUGUUCAAGAAAAGGCAGAGUCCCGAUGCCUGUGUCCAUCUGGGUGGACUGGUGCAUACUGUGAUGUGCCCAACAUCUCCUGUAAUUUGGCAGCCUCUCUCAAAGGUGUGCCUGUUGGGCACUUAUGCCAGCACUCAGGCAUCUGCAUCAAUGCUGGCAACACUCACCACUGCCAGUGCCCACUGGGCUACACGGGGAGCUACUGCGAGCAGCAGCUGGACGAGUGUGCAUCCAAUCCCUGCCAGCAUGGUGCCACCUGCAGUGACUUCAUUGGAGGGUACAGAUGUGAGUGUGUUCCAGGAUAUCAGGGUGUCAACUGUGAGUAUGAAGUGGAUGAGUGCCAGAACAAGCCAUGCCAGAAUGGAGGCACCUGCAUUGACCUUGUGAACCAUUUCAAGUGUUCAUGCCCACCAGGCACUCAGGGCCUACUGUGUGAAAAGAACAUUGAUGACUGUGCUGGGGGUCCUCAUUGCCUCAAUGGUGGUCAGUGUGUGGACAGGAUUGGAGGUUACAGUUGUCGCUGCUUGCCUGGCUUUGCUGGGGAGCGGUGUGAGGGGGACAUCAAUGAGUGUCUCUCCAACCCCUGCAGUGCUGAAGGCAGUCUGGAUUGCAUCCAACUCACCAAUGACUAUUUAUGUGUCUGCCGCAGUGCCUUCACUGGCCGUCACUGUGAAACCUUCGUGGAUGUGUGUCCCCAGAUGCCUUGCCUGAAUGGAGGGACUUGUGCUGUGGCCAGCAACAUGCCUGAUGGCUUUAUUUGUCGUUGUCCUCCAGGGUUCUCUGGGGCAAGAUGCCAGAGCAGCUGUGGACAAGUGAAGUGCAGGAAAGGAGAGCAGUGUGUGCACACUGCCUCAGGACCCCGCUGCUUCUGCCCCAACCCCCAGGACUGCGAGUCUGGCUGUGCCAGUAGCCCCUGCCAACAUGGGGGCAGCUGCUACCCUCAGCGCCAACCUCCUUAUUACUCUUGCCACUGCUCUCCACCGUUCUUGGGCAGCCACUGUGAGCUCUACAUGGUCCCCACCAGCACUCCUCCUGCCACCUGUCUGAGUCAGUAUUGUGCUGACAAAGCUCGGGAUGGGGUCUGUGACGAGGCCUGCAAUAGCCAUGCCUGCCAAUGGGAUGGAGGUGACUGUUCUCUCACCAUGGAGAACCCCUGGGCCAACUGCUCCUCCCCACUUCCCUGCUGGAAUUACAUCAACAACCAGUGCGACGAGCUGUGCAACACAGCUGAGUGCCUCUUUGACAACUUUGAAUGCCAGGGGAACAGCAAGACGUGCAAAUAUGAUAAAUACUGUGCAGACCACUUUAAAGACAACCAUUGUGACCAAGGAUGCAACAGUGAGGAGUGUGGCUGGGAUGGGCUGGACUGUGCUGCUGACCAGCCCGAGAACCUGGCAGAGGGUACUCUGGUCAUUGUGGUGCUGAUGCCCCCUGAACAGCUGCUCCAAGAUUCUCGUGGUUUCUUGCGGGCACUGGGCACCCUGCUGCACACCAAUCUGCGCAUCAAACGGGACUCGCAGGGGGCCCUCAUGGUGUACCCCUACUAUGGUGAGAAGCCAGCUGUCAUGAAGAAGCAGAGGAUGGCACGCAGGUCUCUUCCUGAUGAACAAGAUCAGGAAGUAGCUGGCUGUAAGGUAUUUCUGGAAAUUGACAACCGCCAGUGUGUUCAAGAUUCAGACCAGUGCUUCAAGAACACGGAUGCAGCAGCAGCUUUGCUGGCUUCUCACGCCAUCCAGGGAACCCUUUCUUACCCUCUUGUGUCUGUCUUCAGUGAGUGGCUUAUUACAGAGAAAGGGUUGGGGAAAAAGAUAUCUCUGGGGACACACUUUUUAGUGUGCAAUCCUCUGUUUCUCAGGGGUGGUGAAGUCAGUAAGCCCUUUAAAUUAACUAACAUCAAGAGGUUGAAAUUUUAUACAAUACUGCCCCUAUUUAUCUGGAUUUCAGGUGAGUCUGUGACUCAGAAACACACCCAGCUCCUCUAUCUGCUUGCUGUUGCUGUUGUCAUUAUCCUGUUUAUCAUCCUGCUGGGGGUAAUCAUGGCAAAACGAAAGCGGAAGCAUGGCUUCCUCUGGCUACCUGAAGGUUUCACCCUUCGCCGAGACUCCAGCAAUCACAAGCGACGUGAGCCAGUGGGACAGGAUGCCGUGGGGCUGAAAAAUCUCUCAGUACAAGUCUCAGAGGCUAACCUAAUUGGUUCAGGAACAAGUGAACAUUGGGUAGAUGAUGAAGGACCCCAGCCAAAGAAAGCCAAGGCUGAAGACGAGGCUUUGCUCUCAGAAGAAGAUGAUCCCAUUGAUCGACGCCCAUGGACACAGCAGCACCUUGAAGCUGCAGAUAUCCGGCGGACACCAUCAUUGGCUCUCACUCCUCCUCAGGCAGAGCAGGAGGUGGAUGUGUUGGACGUGAAUGUUAGGGGCCCAGAUGGGUGCACCCCACUGAUGUUGGCUUCUCUCCGAGGAGGCAGCUCAGAUAUGAGUGAUGAAGAUGAAGAUGCUGAGGACUCUGCUGCCAACAUCAUCACGGACUUGGUCUACCAGGGUGCCAGCCUCCAGGCCCAGACAGACCGGACUGGUGAGAUGGCCCUGCACCUCGCAGCCCGCUACUCAAGGGCUGAUGCUGCUAAGCGCCUCCUGGAUGCCGGAGCAGACGCCAAUGCUCAGGACAACAUGGGCCGCUGUCCCCUUCAUGCUGCAGUGGCAGCAGAUGCCCAAGGGGUCUUCCAGAUUCUGAUCCGCAACCGAGUAACUGAUUUAGAUGCCAGGAUGAAUGAUGGUACUACACCUCUGAUCCUGGCUGCCCGCCUGGCUGUGGAGGGAAUGGUGGCAGAGCUGAUCAACUGCCAAGCAGAUGUGAAUGCAGUGGAUGACCAUGGAAAAUCUGCUCUUCACUGGGCAGCUGCUGUCAAUAACGUAGAGGCAACUCUUUUGCUGUUGAAAAAUGGAGCCAACCGAGACAUGCAGGACAACAAGGAAGAGACACCUUUGUUUCUUGCUGCCCGGGAGGGGAGCUAUGAAGCAGCCAAGAUCCUGUUAGACCACUUUGCCAAUCGAGACAUCACAGACCAUAUGGAUCGCCUUCCCCGCGAUGUGGCUCGGGAUCGCAUGCACCAUGACAUUGUGCGCCUCCUGGAUGAAUAUAAUGUGACACCAAGCCCCCCAGGCACUGUGCUGACUUCUGCGCUCUCACCUGUUAUCUGUGGACCCAACAGGUCUUUCCUCAGUCUCAAGCACACCCCAAUGGGCAAGAAGCCUAGACGGCCCAACACCAAGAGCACCAUGCCCACCAGCCUCCCUAACCUUGCUAAGGAGACCAAGGAGGCCAAGGGUAGUAGGAGGAAAAAGUCUCUGAGUGAGAAGGUACAACUAUCUGAGAGCUCAGUGACUUUGUCCCCUGUCGAUUCUCUAGAGUCUCCUCACACUUAUGUUUCUGAUACCACCUCCUCUCCAAUGAUCACAUCCCCUGGAAUCUUACAGGCCUCACCCAACCCUAUGCUGGCUGCUGCUGCUCCUACUGCCCCAGUCCAUGCACAGCACGCACUAUCUUUCUCUAACCUUCAUGAGAUGCAACCUUUAGCUCCUGGGACCAACACUGUGCUUCCCUCUGUAAGCCAGUUGUUGUCCCACCACCACAUUGUCCCCCCAGGCAGUGGCAGUGCAGGAAACUUGGGUAGGCUACAUCCAGUCUCUGUCCCAGCAGAUUGGAUGAACCACAUGGAGAUGAAUGAGACCCAGUACAAUGAGAUGUUUGGCAUGGUCCUAGCUCCCACUGAGGGCACCCACCCUAGCAUAGCUCCCCAGAGCCGGCCACCUGAAGGGAAGCAUAUCAGCACCCAGCGGGAGUCCUUGCCCCCCAUUGUGACUUUCCAGCUCAUCCCCAAAGGCAGCAUUACCCAGCCAGUUGGGGCUCCCCAGCCUCAACCCAGCUGCCCUCCAUCUGUUGCAGGCCCCUUGCCCACUAUGUACCAGAUACCAGAGAUGGCCCGUUUGCCCAGUGUGGCUUUCCCUACUGCCAUGGUCCCCCAACAGGAUGGGCAGGUAGCACAGACCAUUCUCCCAGCCUAUCACCCCUUCCCAGCCUCUGUGGGAAAGUACCCCACACCCCCUUCCCAGCAUAGCUAUGCUUCCUCAAAUGCUGCUGAGCGAACACCCAGUCACAGUGGUCACCUCCAGGGUGAGCAUCCCUACCUGACUCCAUCCCCAGAGUCUCCUGACCAGUGGUCAAGCUCAUCGCCCCAUUCUGCUUCUGAUUGGUCAGAUGUGACCACCAGCCCUACUCCUGGGGGUGCUGGAGGAGGUCAGCGGGGACCUGGGACACAUAUGUCUGAGCCACCACACAGCAACAUGCAGGUUUAUGCAUGAAAGAGUCUGCCUCCAGUGCAGAAAUAGAACUGCCUAUUGUAAAUGCUGCUGAGGAACAAAUGAAGGUCAUCCGGAAGAGAAAUGAAGAAAUCUCCAUAACCAGCUUUGGGAGGCAGGAGAGACAAGAUGCUCCCAUCUUUCAGAUAAUGCAUGAAAAGCAAUUUAUCAGUUUCACUGAUAUCUGAAGGGUUUUAGGGGUAGACUCAGCUCCUAAUCUCUUGCCCAUCAGGCCAAAUUCAUGGAAAUGGGAGACGAACAUAAGCCUUGGGGCCACAUUUACUCCCUUCUGUUUGGAGAAUAACAUGGAUGCCUUUUGUAGCCCAGACAUUCUUGCAGCUUGGACUGCAUUUUAAGCCCUGGGGGCUUUUGCUAUAUUCGUGAGAAGAUUCUACACUAGAGUUCGCAUGGGAAUUGUGCCCUGGAAUUCUGCCUGAAUUGACCUAUCUCACCUUCUUAACCUUGGAAAUUCUUUCAACUUCAUUUGGUGCUUUACUUUCUGCACCUCUCCAUGGUUGUUGCCCCACCAGAGUAUAGGCAAGACCUUGGCACUGUCAAUCAUUCCUGCCCUGGAAGGCAGCUUCAGCCUCUCUUCUCCUCCUAUUUUUCUACACCCCUAGGAAUCUCACAGGGUUAUGGUUAUGGCUCUCAGCAUAAGCUUUUCAAGUCUUUUUCUGUAGAAAAUGGACAUAUUGCAGUCUACAUAUAUCAUUCCUAGAGGGAGAAGGGAAGCACAAAUACUUUUCAAUUUAGGAGGCAGGAGAUCCUUUUAAGAGCCUGCAUCUUAAUUCUCUUUCCUGCAUGCAAGGCUUUCUAUAAACCUCACCAGGAGAAAGUGUACAAGUCAGUUGUAUGUCUGUUUGUGAGCCUAUUCUGUGUAAAGUUUUAUCCUUGGCAGUCUAGUACUAUGACCUUACCCCAUUUUGUUAAACCAGCAAAAGGAGUAGAAUGUUGGAAUGGCCAGGAGAGAAACUAACUCAUACAGGAAGCAGUCGCUCACCCGGGUCCCUCCACUUCCUGCAAGCAUUCUGUUGAUGAUCAUUGUAAAGUACGUUUGUCCUGUAUCUUAGGACUCUAGGCCUGCUUCCCUCCCUCAUUCAACAGAUGAAGUUAGUUCUUAGCUAUUGAGCCUUUCCUUCCAUAUGUCUCCACAGAAGAAAAUGCCACCCAGUAUACCCUGGCCAUUUAGGACUGAGCUUGCCUCCACUCAGGGGAUCCAAUGACGUCAUCAUCCUUUUGAUCAGUCUCUAUUUCCUGACUUGUUUAAUAUCAGAAGCCUGUUUAUCCAUUGCCCUCCACACUGUGUGAUCUAAGUUAUAGGUGCACCCUGUAGGUUCUCACUGAAGAUAUGGAUUUAUUUGCUGUGUUCACGUGCAGGAAAUGGAAAGUUGCACUGAUUUUCUAGGUUGAGCUGGGAGGCAGCCUUUGCUCCUUUUUGCUACCAUUCCUUUUUCUCUGAAGCAGUUAUGACAUUCCCCCUUGGUGAGUAAUGCAAAAACAACUUACUAGGACUUUUUCCUUUCCUAGAGUCAUCUUCUAGAUAAUGAUGUGUAACAGAUUUGCUCAUCACUGUCAUCCUAGCAGUGGGUUAUGGUUGUACCUUGCCUGAUUCUGUUCUGUGUGUGAUCUUAGUGACUUCCUGACUCUGUCAAGAUCAGAAGUGUUUUAGUCAACUGUAGAAAUUAAUAGUUUUAUUCCUCUUCUCCUUCACUCUAUUAAUAAUUGGUUCUGUUGCCACACUGUCACUUCUGUCUGGUACCAUGAUGCCCGUGACACCUGAAACAUUAGCUCUGCUAGGACAUACUGUAUGUAUUAGAAGAUAAAUUGCCGCUCUGAUUUGAUUUGAUGAUAGUCCUCAUUCCUACGCUGGUUGGGGUGUUCAUCAGUGCUUCCCGCUUGUCUGACUUAUCUGUCUGUGGCCCUCUGUGAAGCCCCCUGUGAUUGUUGGCAUGGCAAUCUAUAAAUAGGCUUUGUAGUCCCAUCCAAGUUCGUUGAGUAAUUAGUUCUGCCCUGACAUAUGUCAGAUUAAGCGUGCCCAUUCUGUUUUAUUCUCCCAUAUGGCAACAUCCUAUAGUCCCUUUCACCAUUCUAAGUGGUGACUCUAUACUCUUGCACUCAUUUGUUAGUCCUAGAUGGGGAGAACCUAUCUAUCUGCCUGAGCCACUGGACCAUACCCUAUCUGCCCCUCUCUGCCCUCUUACUCUAGCCCCACUGCCUGAAAGUAUUCUGCUCCCUCCCCAAUCUCAAUAUGGGACUCACUUGCUGUUUCUCCUUCUUGUGAUACUUCAGUUUGAAUCCUUUGGGUUUGGGGAAGGGAAUGUGAAAGCUGCCAGUACAGAUAAUGGGCUUCAUUGAUGAGGAUGAAACUGCUUUUCAAACAUUUUACCAGUCCCUUAGGUUUUAAGAACUCUCAAGUUGUAUAGUGUCUGGUAAAAUGGAUAAUCAUGUUCUCAUUUGGGUUCUCAAUUGGAGGCUUAAGUUUUUAUGGGACACAUCUUUUAUGCCAUACAUAGAUCCCUCAUUUUUGGUUUAAUUUUUAUAUUCUUCCUUUGACUCCUCCCUGCCUUUGAGGAUAGUUUUUGUUUGUUUCUUCUGUUUUAAGUAUGGUUUUCUGACUUACAUGAUGGUGGGAGAGGGAGAAGGUUGAGGAAAGAGAGACAGAGUUAAAGAUUUUGGUGAAAGCAACUAGCGGUGACACUUACGUUCAUUAUAUCAUCUUAUGAAACUUGCUAGUCCAUAAGUCUCGUGUAGAAGAGAACCAAAGGUGUAGUGUUUGUUGGCCUAUGGUUUGGGGAUUCGGGCCUCAACCAAUGCAUUGAAUGACUAUUUGGGAGGCACAUGUAUAUGUCCUGAGGCCCCCACCAGUAACUCUUUGGUACUAUGGCAACUUUCUUGUGUACAUUUCUCUUAAAAGUGAUAUUAUAUCUGUUUGUAUGAGAAACCCAGUAACCAAUAAAAUGACUGCAUAUUCCUGACUAAACAUAGUAAGGAAAGUGCACACUUCGUUUUUACUUUCCAAAGUUUCAUUCUAAAAGUAGUUAAAAUGAAAUUUAUAUGAAAGCAUUUUUAUCACAAAAUAAAAAAGAUUACAUGUCAAGCUCAGUGGUGUUGCAUGUUUUAUUUUCCAGUCCUGUGCCCCAGGCCUUCACAGUGACUACCUCAUGAUGUUGUAAAUUGAUGAGAGAAAACUCAUUUUCUUCUCACUCUGAAUUCUACAAAGCACCAGGCUUCUUCUUUUCUUCCUCUAGUCAGAUCACAAAUAAAUGCUCUUGAGGAAAAACCUUAAUGAGCAGCAUCACAAUACUGAGUGAGUCACACUCUUUUGUGAUCCAGCCAUACCUAGUGACCUAGGUCACUAGGGACACAGUGCCCUCCAGUGGAAAUGGAGAGUGUUGAAGCAAAAAUUGAGAAUGAGAUAGAAGAAAGUGUUGUUGAUGCACUUGUCUGAAUCAUUGGUUUGUAAUGUUUGGGUAGGACGUGAUAUAUAGAUAAAUUUGUUUCA